AUUAAAUUACAAAGUGGUGUGAACGGUAUAACCACUAUUCUAUUUGUUAUAAUGAAAAACAUAUUGUUCCUAAAUAUAUUUUCCAAAAAAUGUUUAUUAGUUAUUAGAUACUCUGACCGUGAACUAGUUUUAUAAACAAAUAUGGAGAAAAAGGAAGAUAUAAAUGCCAAUAAUCAAUUACUAAAGGACAAUGUUACGCAUCAAAAGCAGCCUUUAUUCCCGAGGGAAAUGGAAAGCGAACUAACAAGUUUUCGGGAGAAGUGGCAAAAGGAGUUGCAGUCGUCUCCAAUCAAUUCAAAAUUGAAAGUGCAAAAAAUUGGUGAUAGUAGGAAACAGCAAAGUCUAGAUGAGAAUGCCAAAUAUUUGUUUCUCAAGGGAAUCGAAAUGGAAAAAGCGGGGAAGUUAUAUGAGGCCAUUCAAUUUUACCGAAAAGCAAUUCAGAUUGUCCCUGAUAUUGAAUUUAAAUUAGACUAUAGGCCUAAACCAAAGGUUCAAAACAGCAAAAUUGAAUUUGCCAAUGAACUGGAGACCAGUUCUCAAACAGAUAAAGAUUCCGAUAGUGACAUUGCCGAAGACGAAAUUUUGCCAACUAUCCACAAAAAAGUGGCCAAAACUGGCCUGUUAUGCACUUUCAAAUUUGGGCAGGCAGGAACUCAUAUGUCAGCACUACCUAUGGAAAUUAUUUUAUAUAUACUUCGCUGGAUUGUAACCAGUGAUCUGGAUUUGAGAUCAUUGGAAAUGUUCGGGAUGGUCUGUAGAGGUUUUUAUGUAUGUUCCCGAGAUUCGGAACUUUGGCGACUAUGUUGCCUAAGGGUCUGGGCUUUAAACUGUGGUUCCACACCAGGGAAUUACGGCACAUGGCGAAAUAUGUUUAUAGAAAGGUCAAGAGUUCAGUACAAUGGUUGUUAUAUAAGCAAAACUACUUAUAUUAGGUCAGGAGAAAAUAAUUUUCAAGAUCAAUUUUCCAGGCCUUGGCAUUUGGUGGCCUAUUAUCGUUAUUUGAGGUUUUUCCCAGACGGCAAAGUACUCAUGUUAACAUCUCCGGAUGAACCAGUACAAUGCAUUGGUCAGAUGAAGAGUCGGAAUCCAAAGCAGCCUGUAAUGAUAGGUUACUAUAGAAUGAUAGAUGACAAAGUUACUCUAGUAGUGCAAAGGCAAGAGACCGACGCAAAAUCAGUUCCAGGCGGCUUUAAAAGAAAUAAACGGAGAGAUGUGCCGGACUCCCCUGAACAAACUUUUCAUAUGGAACUCCAAGUCAUGAAUUAUCGAAAACGGCGUCAUGUGAAGCUUGUAUGGAACUACUAUUCAGUAUUCACCAAAACAAAGCGAGGUGACGAAUCAACAUGCAAUUUCGAAUUGAUUGGAAAUCGUUUUCCACCUUUUUUGUUCUCCAGAGUCAAAAGUUUUACAGCAGAGUCUGAGCAGAUUUUAAUGUAA